UAUGACAAAUUGUGUCAUAAUAAACCAUAAAAUUUAACUAAUAUUUUCCUUGAUGUGUAAAUAAUUUGGAUUUUAAGAAGCAACACUUUUUAAUAAUUUAAACUGUUAUUACUAUUAUACAAAUAAUGUAGUCUCAAUAAUUUUUGAAUUUUCUGAUUAUCAUAAUUUAUACUUUAGAUUAUAAAAAAUGUCACAAUUUUUGGAUUCUGAAGCAGAAGAAAGUGAAGAUGAAGAGUUGGAUGAGAUUGAUAAGAAAAAAGCAAAACGAAUCAAAGCAAUGGAAAGUGACGAUGAUGAUGAUGAUGAAGAUGAUGAAGAGAGAAUCCGCGAAGAGCUUAAAGAUUUAAUUGAUGAUAAUCCUAUUGAAGAAAGUGAUGGCUCAGGUGAUGAAUCAGAUGGUUCUAAAAAAAGAAAAAAAUCAGAUGAUGAUUUUGAUGAUAGACUUGAAGAAGAUGAUUAUGAUCUUAUAGAAGAAAAUCUUGGUGUGAAAGUUGAACGUAGAAAGCGAUUUAAGCGAUUAAGACGUUUAGAAGAUGAAGAAAGUGAUGAUGAAGGACAUGGUGAAAAUCCAGCUGAAGAUCGUGAAGCUAUUGCAAAUCAGUUGUUUGAUACGUCUGAUAAUGAAGAUGAUAGAGGUUCAGAGAGAGUUUCUUCAAGAGCUGAACGAGCUGACAAUUACAAUAUUGAAGGUGAUGAUGAUGGCGAAGAGUAUUCUGAUGAAGAUGAUGAUGGUUUUAUAGUAGAUGAUGAAGGUAGACCGAUAAAAGAAAAGAAAAAGAAACGCAAGCAUAUUUAUCAUGAUGCAGCACUUCAAGAAGCACAAGAUAUUUUUGGUGUAGACUUUGAUUAUGAUGAAUUUGAAAAAUAUGAUGAUGAGUAUGAAGAAGAUGCAUCUGAUGAUGAUUACUUAGAAGAUGAAGAAGAUGGAGAAAGAAGACAAAGACCUAAAACCCAAAAACGUAGAAAAGCAACUAGAAAAUCAAUUUUUGAAAUUUAUGAGCCAAUAGAACUCAAAAGAGGACACUUCACUGAUUUGGAUAAUCAAAUUCGUAACAAUGACAUACCAGAGAGAAUGCAAUUACGUGAAAUACCAGUAAUCCCAGUGCCAGAGGGUUCAGAUGAGUUAGAUGAUGAGGCAGAAUGGAUAUAUAAGCAAGCAUUUUGUAAACCUACCCUAACUACCCAAGAAUUCAAAGGUGGUGUUGAUCCACGACAUCAAUCUAAAAAAGGGCCACAAACAAUUGGAAAAAUUAAAAAAGCAUUAGAUUUUAUGAGAAAUCAAAAUUUUGAAGUGCCAUUUUUAGCUUAUUACCGAAAAGAAUAUGUUGAACCAGAGUUGGAUAUUAAUGGCUUAUGGAGAGUUUAUCAUUUUGAUGCAAAAUGGUGUCAGCUAAAAUCUCGAAAAAGUAUGCUCAUAGAGCUCAUGCAAAAAAUGCAGAACUAUCAGAUGGAAAGAAUAAAAGUUGAUACAAAUGCUCCUAUACCUGAUCAUAUACGUAUUAUCAAAGAUGAUGAUAUAGAUAAGUUACGUGCUGUGCAAACAAAUGAAGAAUUAAAAGAUAUUCAAGGACAUUUUAUGUUAUAUUAUGCUAGUGACGUACCUGCUAUGCAGGAAUAUGCAAGAAAACAAGCUAGAGAUAAACGAAAGAGAGAGAGAGAAUUGAGAGAAGAAAAGAGAAAGUUAACUUUAGAAGCUGGUGAAGAUAUUCCUGAAGACUUAGAAGAACCUAAUGAUAUAGAUAAUGAAAAUGAUAAUGCUGAAACUGUAAAACCCGCAAGCAGUUCUGGACCAUACUACAUGUGUCUUAAAGCUGGAUUAGCUGGUUUUGCUAAACGUUUUGGCUUAAAACCAGAACAUUUUGCUGUAAACGUUAGAGAUAACUAUCAAAGACAUGAAGUAGAUCAAGAGUCUGUUGAUCCAUAUAAACUUGCUGGUGAAUACUGUAAUGAACUUUUAAAAACUUCUGAAGAAGUUUUAAAAGCUGCUAAAUAUAUGGUAGCAUGUCAAAUCUCAAGAGAACCUUUAAUCAGAAAAUGCUUAAGGGAAACAUUUUUUGACCGUGCUAAAAUGAAUAUUGUUCCAACUAAAAGAGGCAUGAAAGAAAUUGAUGAAAAUCAUAACUGUUAUUCAAUGAAAUAUAUACGACGUAAACCUGUAAGAGAUCUUGUAAAAGAAGAUUUUUUGAAAUUGCAAAUAGCUGAAGAUGAUAAACUACUUACUAUUGCUUUUGAUGAAGAAGUUGAUGGCUUAGGUUCACUUCCUUACAUUGAAGAAGUUAAACAACUAUAUAUUAGAGAUGAAUUCAGCUCCAAUGUACAACAAUGGAAUGACUUGCGUCGUGAAUGUGUGGAUAUAGCAUAUAGAAAAUUGCUUAUGCCAGAAAUGGUAAAAGAACUUAAGCGUAAUUUAUUAGCAGAAGCAAAGGAAUAUAUUCUCAAAUCUUGCAAGACAAAAUUAUCAAAUUGGCUAUCUGUAGCUCCAUUUAAAGCUGAAGUAGAUGAAGAUGAUGAUGAUUGGGAUACUACUAAAGGUAUUAGAGUUAUGGGACUGGCAUAUUCUCCUGACCAUGAACAAGCAUCAUUCGCUUGUAUUUUGUCUACUGAUGGUGAUGUAGUAGAUCAUUUACGUUUACCCUACAUAAUGAAAAGACCAUUUAAUGAUGAUGUCAAAGUUAAAAGAGAUUCAGAUUUUAAUCAUAUUAGAAACUUUUUACUAGCUAAAAGGCCACAUGUAAUUGUUGUUGGUGGAGAAUCUAGAGAUGCUUUAUGGUUAGUUAGAGAUAUUAAAGCAGUAAUUGAUCAAUUAGUAAUUGAUGAACAAUUUCCUCAAAUUCAUGUUGAAAUUUUGGAUAAUCAUUUGGCUAGAAUUUAUGCCAAUUCUAUUAAAGGAGAGAGUGAGUUCAGAGAUUAUCCACAGCUCUUGCGAGAAGCUAUAUCUUUAGGCAGAAGAAUGCAAGAUCCAUUAGUUGAAUUCUCUCAACUAUGUACAACAGAUGAUGAAAUAUUAUGCCUUCGUUAUCAUCAAUAUCAAGAAUUAUUAAACCAAGAAGAAUUACUUGAAGGGUUACAUCAAGAAUUCAUAAAUCGUACUAAUGAAGUAGGUGUUGAUAUAAAUGAUGUUGUUCAACGUGUAUAUGCUCCCAACUUAAUGCAAUUUGUUUGUGGGUUGGGACCACGUAAAGCAACUGCACUAAUAAAAUUAAUGAAACAAACAAAUCAAAGACUUGAAAAUCGAACGCAAUUAGUAACUUCGUGCCACAUGGGUCCUAAAAUUUUCAUAAAUUGUGCUGGUUUUAUUAAAAUUGACACCAACUCAUUGGGUGAUAGUACAGAAGCAUAUGUAGAAGUUUUAGAUGGCUCUAGAGUACAUCCAGAAACAUAUGAAUGGGCUAGAAAAAUGGCUGUAGAUGCUUUGGAGUAUGAUGAUGAGGAAACUAAUCCAUCUGGUGCAUUAGAAGAAAUUUUAGAUGCACCUGAAAGACUUAAAGAUUUAGAUUUAGAUGCAUUUGCUGAAGAACUUGAAAGACAGGGUUUUGGCAAUAAAAGUAUAACAUUAUAUGAUAUUCGACAAGAAUUGAAUCAUCGAUAUAAAGAUCUAAGAAUACCAUACAAACCUCCUAAUGCUACCCAGAUUUUUGAACUUCUUACUAAAGAAACUCAAGAAACAUUUUAUGUAGGAAAAAUGAUAUUAGCAACAGUCACUGGAAUUGCACGAAGAAAACCACAAAAUGAGCAACUAGAUAAAGCAAAUCCUGUAAGGAAUGAUGAAACUGGUUUGUGGCAAUGUCCAUUUUGCUUUAAAAACGAUUUUCUUGAAUUAUCUGAUGUAUGGAAUCAUUUUGAUGCUGGUGGAUGUCCAGGGCAAGCAUCAGGUAUUCGUAUAAGACUGGAUAAUGGUAUAAGUGGUUUUAUAGCUAUGAAGAAUUUAUCAAACACACAUGUGGCCAAUCCUGAAGAUAGAGUUCGCUUUAAUCAAGCUAUACAUUGUCGUGUCAUUAAGAUUGAACCUGAGAGAUUUUCAUUUGAAGCUACUUCUAAAAGUUCAGACUUAAAAGACGAAGAACAUAAUUGGCGGCCUCAAAAAGAUCCUUAUUAUGAUCAUGAAACAGAAUCGAAGUUAAAAAAAAGUGAAAUAGAUAAAAAUAAGUUGAAAAAUGCUCAAACUUACAUCAAACGUGUUAUUGUCCAUCCUUGUUUCCAUAAUGUUUCAUUUGCUGAAGCAGUUAAAUUACUUCAUAACUCUGAUCAAGGAGACGCUAUUAUUAGACCUUCGAGUAAAGGUGCUGAUCACCUAACUGUUACUUGGAAGGUAGCUGACAAUGUUUACCAACAUAUUGAUGUACAAGAAAAAGGAAAAGUUAAUGCUUUUUCUUUGGGGCGUUCACUUUGGAUUGGUACUGAAGAAUUUGAAGACCUUGAUGAAAUUAUUGCUCGUCAUAUUACCCCAAUGGCGGCUAAUGCUAGAGAACUAUUAAGAUUUAGGUAUUAUAGAGAUACAGAUGGUGGUAAUAUUGAAAAAGCAGAACAAAUUUUAAGAGAAGAGCGAAAUAAUAACCCAUCAAAAAUUCAUUACAUAGUCUCUGUUUCUCAAAAAUAUGCAGGAAAGUUCUUACUAUCUUGUUUACCAACACGAAGAUCAAAACAUGAAUAUAUCACAGUCACUCCAGAAGGUUAUCGUUUUCGAAGUCAAAAUUUUGAUUCAAUUGGAUCAUUAUUCCGUUGGUAUAAAGAACAUUUCCGAGAUGCUACACCUCAUGUUACUCCGAUGUCUGCUAGAUCAUCAGGUCAACCUUACCGUCCAUCUCCUAACUUAGACCCAUCUCCAAUUAAUCGUAGUCAAACAAAUGCAACACCACAAUAUUCCCAGUCACCUCAUGUACCUUAUAAUAAUCUACAAACGUCUGCAUACAAUACUCCAUAUACGCCGUCUGGUCAGACUCCUUAUUUGGGAAACUACACUACUCCAAGAUAUGGAACUAAUCAAACACCAGUUCAUGAUGGUGUAUUCUUACAUCCAAGUUCUCUUACUCCUGUUGUACAAAGUAGUCCUAGAACAUCUACCACACCUUCAAGACAACCUGUACAAUCUGCAGAUCCUAAUGAUUGGCGACGAAUGGCAGAAGAAUGGGCUAAAGCUAAACAACGUGGUGAUGGUGGUUAUUCUACACCUAUGUCUGAUGGAGGGCGGCAUACUCCUCGUAAUAGGUAUAACAAUCAUCGUUAUAAUAUGAAUAGAGAAAGAGCCAUGAGUACUCCUCGGAGUGAUGCUCCAUCACCAACACCUAGUGCUUCUUCAUUUGGAUAUCAAUCUCCAGCCCCAACAUCAAGAGCUUACAAAAGUAGUCACACUAAUUCUACUAAAUCUCCACGUGGGCCUCCAUCCAAUUCUGGUACACCAUAUGAUCCAUUUUCAAUGGAUCCUGGAAAAGACUCACCUGGAGUACAUGCAUCAUCAUCUCGAUCAGGGCGUCAUGAUGAAAAAACUUCUGAUAUGCGAUUUGCAUCACCUGGAAAUAGAUGGACUCCUAGGUCUGGGCGCUCAACUCCUCAUACAAUUAAUAGUCCUAGAUCGAUGAUUGAAUCUACAAUGGGCGAUAAUACACCCUUAUAUGAUGACUCCUAAAAAAUUUAUAACAACCCCAAUUUUUACUAUCAUAUUUUUUUUUUUUAGUUCAGUUUCCUUUUUUAAACAUAUGUAUAUUUUUAAGAUAUAUAGUUUUGAUUUUCAUUGAUUUACAUCAUAUUUGGUACUCAGAGUUAAGUAUAUUAAGUAAAUUUAAGUAGCACUGUUGAACAUUGUUAUGAUAUAAAUUAUAAAAUAUUUGUAUUAGCUAGACUUUUUAUAUUACCAUUUAAACUGACAUUAAUAGGUAACUAUGUUGGAGUAAUCCAGUUCUCAUUUGAUUCCUUAUUUGAGACUAAGAUAAUAAAUCUUUAUAUAUUAA